UCUAGAAACACAAACCAUCGCGAAUUUUCUACUGAUACACUCCGUAAAUAAAUCGUGAUGAACUCGAGUUGAAAGUGCGAACUUUUCUUGUAAUUUUGGUCAAGAAAUACAUCCCGUAUACAAUUUUCAAAAUCUGCAAACCACCUCCGAUCUCCGAUCGUUUCACAGCUCCGUUGUCGUAGAUUUAACUAACUAACCAUGGCCAAAUGGGGUGAAGGUGAUCCUCGUUGGAUAGUUGAAGAACGACCGGAUGCUACCAACGUAAACAAUUGGCACUGGACUGAGAAGAAUGCCAACCAAUGGUCCCAAGACACUAUUAAAAAACUACUCGUUGGUUUGGAAAUCGAGGGUGAUCAUUUCCGAUGUGUGGUCACCGAUGUUGAUAAAUGCCAGGGCGAAGCUGUCGUUAACAAUAGAAAGGGUAAAUUGAUAUUUCUCUACGAAUGGGAUAUUACGGCUUCGUGGCAAGGCAAAGUACGCGGUAAAGAUGAUACCAUCGAGGGUAAAAUCAACAUCCCGAAUCUUAGCGAAGAAAACGAAAUCAACGAAGUCGAUAUUUCGUUCUCUUUGAAAGAAAAUAGUGAAACUGGUAAUAUUUUAAAAGACUUUUUAUACAAACAAGGUGUCGAAAGGGUUAGACAACAGCUCGCUAUCUAUCUGAAAGAUUUAAAAGAAGAAUUUUCGAAAGGUUUGAUUCUACCUAAAAAAGAAGAUGCCGGUUCGAAAACGUCCAAAGAUCAGAUUAACAAUUUAUCGUGUAAAUUUGACAAAAAAGUUUCUGUGAACAACGCCACCCAAAACGAUAACUCGCAAAAAAACAUUGGAGUAAAAAUUGCUACGAAAACUUUAACAAUGAAUCAUGCUUUCCAAUGCACUGGUCCCGAAUUAUAUAAUGCGUUGACGCGAACUGAAUUAGUAACUGCCUUUACCAACGGCCAAGUGAAAUUAGAUUUAAAAGAAGGUGGCAAAUUUGAAUUGUUUGGUGGUAAUAUUCAAGGAUCGUUUAUCGAAUUGGUACCAAAUAAAAAAAUAGUUCAACGAUGGAGAACGAAAAGAUGGCCAUCAGAGCAUUAUUCAACCGUAACGAUCACCAUCGAACAACAAAAUGAUGAUACCACUUUAAAUCUCGUGCAAACGGGCAUUCCAGAUAAUGAAUAUGAUGGAACGAGAGAUAACUGGGAUCGGUAUUAUUGGGAUCCAAUUAAAAGAACAUUAGGAUUUGGUAGUUUUAUCAUUUGAUGGAUGAAGUCAGCGAUUCGAAUAUUGCUGUAUUCCUUUUUUUUCCUGCUCCCCUCCUACGCCCUCGUAUCAUAGUUAAAAUGUCGCGUGCGCAAGUCAUUUGAUUGUGUAUUAAUUAGGCAUAAUUUUCGAUGCGCUUUACACCAACAAGUUUAAAACACUUAGAUAUAAUUUUUUUUAGGUUACGGAAAAUUUCUCGUAAAAUAAUGAUUUUUAUCAUUUUUUCCCUUUUUUUUUUGUGAAAAUAAACCGUCUUUGUAAAUGUUA